GAAACCGGAGCACAAGAGCGAAACAUGGCGACUUCGAACAAUCCGCGGAAAUUCAGCGAGAAGAUCGCUUUACAUAACCAGAAGCAGGCAGAGGAGACGGCGGCGUUUGAGGAAGUGAUGAAAGAUCUCAGCAUUACACGGGCUGCGAGGUUACAGUUGGAGAAGACUCAGUAUUUGCAGCUGGGACCGAGCCGUGGGCCAUAUUAUGGAGGAUCUUUGCCCAACGUCAAUCAGAUCGGAAAGAGCGCCGUGGAUUUUUCUUUUCAGACUGCAGGGAUGGACGUGAACAGAUCAUCACGUCACCACGGGCUAGUGGACAGAGUCUACCGGAACCGAAUCACAUCACCCCAUCGAAAACCCCUUGCUGUCGACAAGCACGGACGCCAAAUUGACAGCUGUCCAUAUGGCUCGGUAUAUCUGUCACCGCCACCUGAUACCAGCUGGAGGAGGACAAACUCUGACUCAGCACUUCAUCAGAGCACACUAGCUCCUUGCCAGCAGGCCUCCUUCACAGGCGGGUCACAGGAGCUCCAGCCCAAGCGAGUUCUGUUAUUAACCGUACCAGGAUCUGAAACCUUCAAACAGGAGGCUGAAGAAGAUGAGCAAAAGCAGAACUGGGACUGCAAAAAGAAUGUUUCUCGAGCCAAACCCUACAAAGUUCCUGGAAUUCACAUAUUUCCAUAUCCGGAGCAGCAUUUGACCGCUUCCCUCAAACCAGUUGCCCACAGCACUGGUGGUUCUCUGCCUGACCUGACCAACAUCCAAUUCCCUCCUCCGCUGUCCACCCCGUUAGACUCGGAUGAUGCGGCAGCCCCCUCAUUCAGCUCCUCCAACAGCACACAGACCCUGGAUCAAAUCCAAGGAGUUAGCGCCUCUCAAGCCACGGUAACCAUGGAGAUGCAGUCUGGGCUGGACAACUUGGCUCCUCUCAUUCUUAACACAGGAGACCAUCACCAAAACUUGCAGCUCUCACCGACAUCACCACCUCUCCCUCUGUCUCAGGUACAGGUUGCGAUCAACGCCAUGAACCUUGAGCAGCAGUUGUCCCAGUACGCCUUCUUCAACCAGCCUCAGUUGUCCCAGACACACCAGAAUCAGCCUCAAUCGGGUGCGGUCCAGCUGCCAUCCUCCAUGAACUCCUGCGCCACGUCGGACUGUCACACCUCCUCACAAAACAACAUGACCAUGGACAUGAACAUGGCCUCCCCCCUUCAACAGUACCGCAGUAGGGUGGGCUCGUCUGCCAAUCAAUCUCCAACCUCCCCCGUCUCCAAUCAAGGUUUCUCACCCGGCGGGUCGCCUCAACAUAACUCCAUACUGGGCAGUGUCUUUGCAGACUUCUAUGACCAGCAGCUCCCGUCCAUUCAAGCCAGCGCUCUCUCUCGACAGCUCGAGCAGUUCAAUAUGAUCGAAUCCCCCAUCAGCUCUGACAACAACCAGACCCCCGCCCUCAACUACUCCCAGGCCCUCAUGAUGGGCAUGUCUGGUGGUCAUUGCAAUCACCAGGGCUCUCAGCAGCUGGGCUACAGUAACCAUGGCAACAUCCCCAACAUCAUUCUAACAGUGAGUGGAGAGUCUCCUCCCAGCCUGCCAAAGGACCUGGCAGCCUCACUGUCAACAGAUAUCAGCUUUGAUAUCGACACCCACUUCCCGUUGGAUGACCUCAAAAUCGACCCACUGACACUUGAUGGCCUGCACAUGCUCAAUGACCCGGACAUGGUCCUCGCUGACCCGGCCACAGAGGACGCCUUCCGCCUCGAUCGGCUCUGAUACCCACACCGCCACCACCACCACCACCCCUUCCCCGCCGCGUUAUUGAGGACUGUGGAGUGUAUUGGUGGAGGCCCCCGGUUUGGCAAAGCAUGGCUUGAGCACCAACUUGGCAAAUCAACUCCCACAAAAACGAUGGGAGGAAAAGCUGGAAAGGAUUUCAAGCUGACAUUCUUUUGGAAAAAUGGCUGACAAACUCAAAGGUAUGAAUUUCCUCCGUGGUUCUGUCACUUCCUUUUGCCAAUGGCACACCUUAUUCAUUCAUUCAUUCAUUCAUUUUCUACCGCUUUUCCUCACGAGGGUUGCGGGGGUGCUGGAGCCUAUCCCAGCUGUCUUUGGGCGAGAGGCGGGGUACACCCUGGACUGGUGGCCAGCCAAUCACAGGGCACAUAUAGACAAACAACCAUUCACACUCACAUUCAUACCUAUGGACAAUUUGGAGUGGCCAAUUAACCUAGCAUGUUUUUGGAAUGUGGGAGGAAACCGGAGUACCCGGAGAAAACCCACGCAUGCACGGGGAGAACAUGCAAACUCCACACAGAGAGGGUGGAAUUGAACCCUGGUCUCCUAGCUGUGAGGUCUCCGUGCUAACCACUCCACCACCAUGCCGCCCACACACCUUAUUAUUCGUAUUAAAUAUGUCGUUUUUGUGAUUGGUUUGGAGUUGGACCCUAAUGGGUUAAAGGAAAAGGGCGAUCUUAGAAUCUCACCGGGAGAAGACAAAGAAACAACAGUGGUGUGGCGUGGGUAUGUGGUAGUAUGUGCAAAAGACAUUCAAAUGCUGUCAAAUGAUAAUUGAAUCCAUUUUGGGAGUACCUUCCGCCGUGUCCUGGAAGUGUUAAUUCUUCCGUAUGUCACUACACAAAGAAACAUGACUGGAGUAAAUAAAUCGGCUAAAGCAAGACCAUUAACGGCCUUGAACACAAACUUGAGGAUUCUAGAAUGUAUCGAGAGCCAAUGGAGAGAAACUGGUAGACCAACACCAACCGGUAGGUAGAUCUGUACAUCAUCAGCAUUAAAAAUUCAAAUGGCCAUUGUGUCUGGAGCUGAUUGGUCCUAAUGGUAGCAUGUAGAGUGAAACUACGGUAGGCCCGAGGAUUGACCCCUGGGGCACGCCAGAGGAGAGAGAAGUGACUGUAGAAGAAAAAUGUUUGAUAAUUACUGAAAAUGUCCUGUUAGAGAGAUAUGAGAUGAACCUUUUAAGCACAGCACCAGUUAGUGUCAACGGUUGUGAGAAUGUCAUCAUGCACUUUCAGUAAAGUGGAUUCUGUGCUGUGGCAGAUCCGAUAGUAAGAUUGGAACGUGUUGGCAAUAUCAUGGAUAGACACAUAUGGCCACAGUUUCUCCGUGAACUCGGACAGGAAGUACAGAUAAGAAAUUGUUCUAAUUGUAACAUAACAGCAGUGGGGGCAACACCCAGCCCCAAGCGGGCACAAUGACUGGAAUGUUGGUGGGGUUUAGUUGUUGGGCAGAAAGACAAGAAAAAGCUCAAAAGUUAGUUCCACAGAGGAGCCUGUGACGUCUCUUGCCGGGAAGUGGACUGAUAGAACAUCUCGGGAGUGACACCUAGUUCAGGUACUGGCUUAGUGACUUCUGAAGUAUACCAAGGGGUGGGUUAGGACUACUACUACGCUACGCCACUGUGAAACAGUGAAGCUUCCGAGGGAGACCCCACUUGGAUGGGUUUGCCAUUGUUGUACUCCUCAUUAUGCAUGAAGUCUGAUCACUGUGUAUCCUUGUUUUGCCUUAAGAGCUCCACAUUUCAGUUUUCAUGAAGAAAUGACAUUGUCCCAUUUCAAUUGUCAAGUACUUUCGCAGGGUACUUGCCCCCCUCCCCCGUAGGUCAAAGUUGCACUACGUCAACGUAUACAGUCGUCCCUCGCCACUUUGUGAUGUGAAGUUUUUAAAAAAUCUAAUAAAUAAAUCAUGCUGUUUUAUGGUUAAAUAUUAGUAAAAAAAAAUGCACAUUUAACCAAAUGUAUUUUUCUGCCAAAAUUAAGCAUUUUUCAAGUAUAAGAAUGGAUAAAUGAACUAAAUACAUUCAAAGACGUCGCUGAUAUGUAGUAUUCUACGCUGGUCACCAGGUAUCUGGUAAUAUUACUGUAAUGCAGGGUGAGACACACAAGCACCGCCUUUUAUUGCAGGUUUGAAUCCUCUCACAACAUUCACAACCCUAAUAAAAACGCGGGCUGCUGUUGCAGACGUUGCCCAUGCAAAAUUGAAACCCAAGUCUGAACCUCUACCCGUCACUGAGCUCCCUUAGGUUACAUUACAGUAACCCAGUCUUAUUAAUGUCUUAUUUACUAUUAUUGUGUCUACUAUAUUGAGUAAUAGGAGCCUAAAGGUGACUAUAGGGCUGUUAUUUCAUGUCCAGAGGGCUCUAAUAUUGUUCUAAGAAACAUAUUUAGAAGGUCGGGAACUGGUUUUCUAUACUUCAACUCCUAAAAUAUACUCAUCACGGUUGGCUAUGGAACCAACUAACCGUGAUAAACGAGGGACUACUGUAUCUUUUUUUCUUUUAUUUUCAAGUUUCACUGAAUGAGGUGUGCAUGGUGGCAUUGAUGUUUACAUUUUUGGUUGUUUUAUAUUAUUCUCCGUGUACAGAAUGUGAUUAGAUUUUGAGGAACCUGACCUAUGCAAAACUGCAGCAUCGAUUUAGGACUACAAAGUGAAACAUAUAGAGUAAUAUAUAUAUCGACCCUUACAUAAAGAAAGCGGUGCCAUGUUUAUACAGUACGUAUUUUGAUACGAUUUUUGAAAGGCUCAUACAGAGUGCUCUCUUAUAUUACUCCCAAAGAAAUGACCUCAGUGUUGAAGAAAUAUAUUUUUCCAGACAUUUGAACAGCCUCUAAUCUAGAACAGCAUUGCGGAUGCAAUGAGAAUGUAUUUAUAUAUGAUCAUACUGUCAAGGCAUCAACAUAUUUACCUACAUGUGUUGCGUUUUGGAUGUGUUAUUACUUUUUACUCUCCGCAAAAUCGAUAAGAUGUUUUCCUGACACUACCGCCUGUCUGUUGAUGCACUUUAUGUUUUAACUUGUAAGACUGCUUUAAGGGAAUUGAUGUGCACUCGACAUGUUAGCCCCACCCCUCAUUGCACUGCACAUUCAUACACAAUGAUCUUAUAUUUAAUACUAGAAUUGGUAUCAAUAGAUGGUCUUUAUGGCCACAUACUUUGCAUAAAAUGUCAUUCAAAUUGUGAUAGUAAUCUUCGCAAAAGUACAUUUCAGCCACUGCGUUAUGUUAGAAUAAUAAUCAUCUCAAUGGACAAUGCUAUGGAUGUCAUUUAGACUAGACUGUGUGUAGCUUGUAGAGCAGUGUUGCUUCACGACAGCGGGUGUGAACCGCAGCUCCCCGGUGCCGGCAGCACUCAUACCACGCUUGACUAGAGGCAAAGCGCCUUUAUCUGGGUACUGACUUGGGUUACUUGGGUAUUGGUUACGUGUUGAGUCAUUGAGUCAGUGGAUGGUACAUUCUAUACUGCCGUACAAGCUGUACACUGAUUACUCUAAAAGGAUAUUAUUAUAGUAUCAUGACUUGAGAGACGCAAUCUAAUUUGAUGGCUUUCAAAGUGCGAUGCAUUGUGUUAAAAUGUGCGUACACUGAGGGAUUCAUUUGCUUUCACGUAUUUCACAUGAUGAAAUAAACGACUGCCAUUGUGGUUCAUAAUAAUGUCUUUCAAGGUCCUCUCGUGUCAGCAUAUUUCAUUAAUAUUCUCACACAAUUUAAAUGCAAAUGACUUCUUUCUUUUUGCUCGUGUCGGUGUAAUUAUUUUGUGGUUGCAUGAAUGACUUGACGAGGUUCGACUUCUGUUUUCUUGUUCUUCUUUGGUGAGCUCUGUUACCUGUUGCUUCAAACUCAAACUGUCUUUUUUUGUGUCUUUAUCUCAUCGUCUGUGUGUGAAGAUGCUGAAAAGCCGUCCUUUGGUUGGUACUGUGUUGUUACACUUGCAAUAUACGGUACAAUAUGUGCUCCUUUCCUGUAUAUUGUCAUGGUGACUGUGUAGGCUUGCUUUGUAGUUUGCUGUAAAAUGAUGGGGUUUUUUGUGCUUUUAUGUAUUAUAACCAUGUCUAGGUGAGAACAUGCAUUAAGAAAUAACGCCGUGGCUGUCAUUGUGGCUGACGUCUUUGUACGUCCAUUUUCUCUUUGGUUUGUUCUUUGAGCUCGGACUUUGUCACAGUGUGUGUUUUAGUCUACAAAUUGCAAUUCUUUCAAAAUCACCCUUUUAUUUUUUCCUUAUUAAAUGAUUUAUCAGGUGAACCCAGGAUUGUAACCCUAAAUCAGAGUCAAAAUGGGUCAUAAUGAAUGUUUACAUUGAACAUAAGAAUAUGAUAUUUAUGCAGCAUGACCUACACCGUUGUGACUCUUGUAUAUUUUGUCUAAUGCUUGGUAAAUCUCUCCUUCCUGCAUUAUUUUUAAUUCAAACUCAGAACCACUUAAGGACAAUGAACUACUGUACGGUUAACCACGUCAGUCCUUUUUCUGUGCAUUUUGGGGACAACCAUGCCUGUUCAAGCCUCGUCCAAUGGCAGCUAAAUUGUAACAUGUGUUUUGUUUAAGAGUACAUCAUUCCUAAUGCUUAACCAUGCAUUUUAUGGCCAUGAAGGAUGUACUGUGUGAUAACUGUACAUUGCUCUCAUUGGGAAAAAAUCAAACAUAUGCUCAGUAUGCAAAUUCUAACACUAAAGCGCAGCCCAGGUUGGUACUUUUUUGGAGCUAACCCUUUAAAAUGACCGCUUGAGUGUUUUCUAUUAUAAAUAAUCUAUAUAUUGACUGUCAAGAUUGGACCAAAAGGAUCCAAGUUGGCUGUAAAUGUGUGCUAUAUUAAAAAAAAUGCUUCUGUUUGUAAUGUAUUUUCUUGUGUGAAGGCUACCGUCUUUGUAAAAGAUGAAUAAAUAUAUCUGAAUAUGCA